AUGUAUCGCGACAUCGCCACCGCGGUUUACAAGCGGGGAGUAGACAAUGUCAGCGCCCGUGAACUCCCUAGCUGGGCCUUCUUCGUAUUUUUCCUCGACCUUCUCGUCUUCCUCCCUAUGUUCGUUGUGCUCGGUUACACCCUCAACAAUGUCUAUCCUGUGCUCGCCAUGAUCGAAGACCCGUCGCCUCCGGCUUACGAGCCCGUCUCCCUAAACGGCGACGACGAUAACGAAUCCCUUGCCGAAGAUGCUGCGCCCCUCGCCGACGAGGCAGCCCGCGGCGGUUCAGAACGAUAUGGCCAGACCCGCGCCGUCACCUCGAGCUUCCGCUCCAUUCACCGUACGCUCUGGAAUAUUGCCGGCUUGAAGUCCUAUUUUCGUGGUCUUGCUUGCUGGAUCGCCCUCACUGUUAGCACCCUGUUCGUCUUCGCCAUCGUCAGCACGAUCCCCUUUGUGCCUUCCAUCUUCGCCGCCAUGAUCUCUGCGAUGGCCCUGGUUCAGCUCUACACAGCCUGGUUGCACAUCGUCAUCUCAGCUCCGUCGACCAAGCACUUCUGGCAACGCCUGCCAACUUUUAAGAAGGCAUUCCAGGCCACCGCCCUCCCGACCGUCCUCUACUUCGUCGCCUUGGAGAUCCAACAGACCGUCCCAAGGUUCAUUGCGCGCGCCAUGGGCAUGAGCGUCUGGGACUCGACGACGCCUGACGUCAUCCCGAAACCCCAGGCCAGCGACAGCUGGAAGGCUCUUCUUGUUUUCAUCAUCUCCAUCUCCCUAACCAUAUUCUUGGCUAUCCCCGCCCACGUCGUCCUCACUCGCGUCCAGGCCUCUCUGCUGCCCGAGGAAGACGAGACUAUCGUGCCUUUCGACCGCUCAUUCCAGGGAAAGAUGGAGCCGGCUAUCGUUGGUGGACGUGGCUUUGUGACUGUCAUGGACGCAUGGAAGACCUUCUCUCGCGCAUCAUGGAUCAGACUCGUCAAGCUGUAUCUCAAGAUCUUCCUGGCCGGUCUGGCUGUGUCGGCCGUCUGCGUGCUCGUCCUGGCACCUGAGAUGUUCAUCAUUAUGAGGCACAGCCAGAAGUCCGAAUAA